GAGUUCGGUGGCAUCGAGCGGUUGUGCGUUUUGAUCAUUUUCACCAGUCCAUCAAUCAUAUUCACUAUUGUAUUCUAAGUAAGAUCAAUUUAACUGCUGUUAAGUGGAGUGUUCGAUUCUUUUGAGUGAUGAAUUUACAAAAAUUCUCAUAUCACUUAAUAAGCAUCAAAAGUGUAUAAAAAAUAUUUUUUAAAAAAAUUCUAAACACGAAAGGCAGAAACCAACACAUUGAAAAGGAGAGAAAAAUUAAAAUUACACAACCUGUUGGAUGUUCCAGAAUUUUAUAAUGGAUUCAAACGAAAGAAUGGAAAAUGUGAAAGAAUAACAAAAUAAAUAAUAAAAAAAAACUUUUUGAUUCUCGUGGUGUGCGAGUCAGACGGGAAAGAAAACGAGUUGAAUGUGUCGAAUUUAAAAUUAUUUUUGGUGCUGAUCUCGUCGUAAAUUAAACAACAAAUCGGCGUGAUAAUUUAAAAGACAAAUUAAGGAACUUGUGUCCAUCGAUUGGAUUAUUAAGAAGUUUUUUCUUGCAACAUUAAUGGAUAAGUUUCAAUGGUUAUUGAACAGAACUUGCAAAUAUACAGAAUCAACAAUAAAAAAAUAAAUCAGAAAAUAAAGAUGGAGAUGAACACAUAUCGUGAAGAGCGCCGAUACUCAGUGCCACAAGGACCGAAUAUUCAUCAUCAACUGCCACCAGCUGCUUCAGAAGAUCUUCAUGCAUGGUCAAUUUAUAGACAAAACUUGAACUCAGAUUUUACUGAUUCUGCUUUGGGCAGCUCUGAUAAAUCACCAUUGCCAUACGGAAACUUCCAACUACGCGAUACUACAGUGCAUUCAAUAUUAAAUCAUCCACGCUAUGGACCCAAAUCGCCAUUGGGAUCCAACAUGUACACUUAUCUUAAGUUUGGAUUGCCACGUGUGUUUCCACCGAAUGGUUCGCAACGUUCACAUCGUGCCGGUCCAGGACCAGGUCAGAGACAUCGUGGAAGAAUAAAUCGAGGAUUUCAUCGUGAUAGUGCUGGUGCCGGGUCAUCAGGUUACGAUAGUAGCGAUAACGAAACAAUGCGAGGUCGUGUUCCCUCCAAUUUAAGAAAAUUUCGAAGCGAAUCAGAUUUUAGAACGAUCGGUGGAAUGAUUCAACAUUCACGACCAAGCUCAAGAGCUCACAAUAAUAUUCCAGUAACAGCUUUAAAGCAGCCAAACAGUCGUGCCAGUAUUGCGGGAACACAAAUUAACGGAUAUAAUACAAGCUCAAGAUAUCAUAACAAUCGAUCACACAGCGAAGCUGAUCUUUUAGGCGGUGCUGAUCGUGAAAUGUUUUACGAAUAUGAUUCAAGAAUUUACGGCGAAGCGCGAGAGCCACGAUCACGUGCUGAACAUUACUCUGCCAUCUCUCGACGUCAAUCGUCGACACUUAUUUAUCCCAACAUACAAAUUCACUGCCUUGAUGUUGAGCCCAAUGUUCGAGGAAUUUCAAUGCAAGCCAAAGCUGGAGAUUUAUUCGCCAUAAUGGCGACAUCAUGUAAAGAAGGGACAGCAUUAGUAGAAACAAUUGCAGGACUUCGUGAACGAUUAGGUGGCGAAAUUUUAAUAAAUGGACAACAAGUAUCAAAAAGAAUGCUUAGACAGUUAUGUGGUUAUGUACCAGCCAUUGAAGUUGCAUCGCUUGAUCCACGAAUGAGUGUUCAAAAUACUUUGAAUUAUCAUGCAUCAUUGAAAGGUCCGAUGGAUAAAGGUGACUUGAAGGAAAGAAUUGACAUUCUUGUUGAAGAUUUAGGAUUGACAGCAGUUCGUUCAGCGAGUAUUUCUCGAUUGACACAUUCAGAGAAGCAACGAUUAAAUGUCGCUUGUCAACUUCUCUCGCAAUGUUCAGUUCUUGUUCUUGAUCAAACAACAAAUAGCAUGGACAUUUUCGAUACUUUCUUCUUAGUUGAAUAUCUGAGACAAUGGUGCAGUUCAAGGAUUUGCAUUAUGACGUUGCAGCCGCCAACUUUUGAGAUUCUCUCAAUGUGUUCGGGAGUUUUGCUGUUGUCAGGUGGAAGAACAAUUUUCAGUGGAAGUAGAGCUGAUCUGCCACGUCAUAUGGGACAACUGGGAUACCCUUGCCCCCCUUUUAAAAACCCAGCGGAUUACUACCUUGAUUUGGUUACGCUUGAUGAUUUAUCAGCAGCGGCUUUGCUUGAAUCAUCGGCACGUAUCGAAUCAUUAGCGAAUGCAUGGGACCGAAUGAACUCUGAACCACCUUUAGCAGCUCCACUGGCAAGUUUACCAGAUCCAACGAAAACUGCUGGCAUGUUCGGACAGUUGGGGACACUUUGCAAACGAUACAUUUCAUAUAAACAGCCAGGCUCGUUGUUGUCAUGGAUCAGUCGAUUAAUUGCUGCAGCAGUUUUAUCUUUAAUCCUUGGUUGUAUUUUCUGGGAUAUUCCAGCAUCUGAUCCACUUUUAACUUACAACGAUCGACUUGGAUAUCAUCACACAAUUAUGGGAAUUGCUUUUUGGCCGAUAAUUCUACUUAUGAUUCGUGACAUUCAGAAUGAUCGCAAAUAUGCUGAAAAAGAUAUCAAAUUGGGACUAUAUGGAAGAACAGUCUACAUAUUUGUGCAAUCAUUGCUAAGUGUGCCACCAAGUUUAUGCAUUUGGUUGGCUUAUUUACUGCCUGCACAUAGUAUGGCUGGUCUUUAUGCUUAUACAGCAGAUAAUGAUGCUGGAAUUUAUUUAUAUAUGGGAUAUAUGAUGCUCUAUUUGAUUGUUAUUCAAACGUUAGCAUUGUUCUCAUCACACUUCAUAUCGACUUACAAGAUUGUUGCUUCUUUGUUUAUGAUCUUAACGACUCUUAUUGUGAACUUAUCGGUUGGAAGUUACGUCAUUCAUCCAGCUGAUGUUCCAGAUUAUAUUAAAUGGUUGAUAUUCCUUUCACCACAGAAAUGGUUGAUGCCAAUACUUACACAAGAUGAAUACAGCGACGAGACAAUAACAAGUGCUGGUGGUUCACAAUUAUGUCGUAAUAAACAAGUUCAACAUCAAGAAAUUAUAAUUCAACAGCCGUGUAAGAUCAACGGAACAAGUGUCUUAACAGACUUCCAACUGCUGCCGAAAUAUCACAUUCUUGAUCCAUCCGACAUUCACAGAUCAACUCUAAUUGGCUUAAUAGUAGCCGCUGUUGUAUUAUUUUUUAUAACUGUUUUUGUAUUCUUACUCAACACUGGAAAGAUGUUUAAAGGAAAAAGUAAAAGACGGUAGAUUUAAUUUCAUGAAUACUCUUGAACAAAUUUUUAUUUUCAAUUCAUUUUCAACAAUCAUUUAAAAGUAUUUUGUAAUGUAAGAAUUUAGUUGUAAAGAUUUAAUUUUUAACAGUUUUUAAAAUGUAAAAAUAUUUCUGUUUCCAAUUGAAAUUAAAGAAUUUUAAUUAAAUGAAAGUUUUUCUUUUUAAUUUUGCUUUCAGUGAUGUUCAUGAUGAUUAUGCUGGAAAGGAAGAUUGAAAGUGAUUUCCUUUUAGUUGAUGACAUUUAACUUCUUUUUUAUGAGAAGCGAAAAGAAAUGAAAU